GUAUCGCUCCUCAGCACGUGCCGCCCUUCCUUGGCUCUCAGCCUGAGGAUCGUUAGUGGCAUUAGCUCCUCGGUUUUUGGUAUGCGUGCCGUUGCGGCGAGAAGUGCGUGGGCGGAGAUCGAAAGGGAGUGCACGCGUGCACCCGUGUGCGUAAGCUCCUGCACGCGCCACCGUGAUUCGUGCCAGUGAGCGCGGGUGUUCCCAGUGCUGAAGGCAGUCAGUCAGUAGAGUGAAGUAAGCGAUCGUUCGGUCAAGAGACGCAGAACCGUCCGUUUCUCUCGGCGGUCUCUUUUCCACCCUCGGCGUUCCUCAUCCCAGCGGCACCCCUAACGCAACAAAAUCGCCCAAUCGUUCGGCUCGAUUAAGACCCCAAGUCGGAGAGAAUUUUCAUAAUCAAUUAUUUAAUUACGUAACCGUAGAUCAUUUGUGUAUUGACAGUGGUGUGCACGACGUGACGUGGACCUCCUCUCGGAGUAUGACACCAGUGACGCAUGACGGGGCAAACAGGUGUCCUCGAUGAAAGCUACCGGUAAAGUGGAGCAGGGGAUUGUUUUCUAAAGAGGAAGAGCGUUAAUAUUUAUAAAUUGUGCGGUUUUUAUCCCACGUUGCUGUUCACACGAUGGACCGUAUCACCUGGUUCAGCUGUCUGUGGUAUCACCUCUGGCAAGUGGGCUCUUGCAGACUGGAGUAAUCUUUUUAUUUCAUGCACUAUUGUGGGAAUUUCUGCCCCGCAAUUCUGGGGGAGAUAUGCCCGAUGUGAAGUGACAUGGAUGGUCGACGUGAGGCAUCGGUAAGCGAGAGGGAAAUAGAAAAAUUAACCCUCCAAGAUUUCUUAUAUGCGGAGGUAAAGACAAGGAGUUCGAAACCAAGUGCAGGCACGAAGAGAGACUAAGGCGAAGUGCGUAAUGUACGUGGACAAGGUCCUGGGAUUUACUUCAGAUGACGUCGAGGGAUGUUACGUUCUGACUUCCUGGGGCAAUCAUUCGGCGGUUUUCCUGGAGCAAGGUGACGGUGUAAACAGUUUGAUGUCGUUUGAUGAAGACCAUCAACACUUAUCCGAAGAAUCCUGUAAAGGAGUCGCUGGGUAUCAAGGAAGAGCUUAUUAUAAUCGAUGUGUUAUCAUUGCUCGCCACUGAAACUUGUGAACGACUCGUGGCUUAAUAAAAUUUAGAGAAACGACAGACGUUAAUUAAUGUACAUAAAUCGUCAUAAUAACACGUUUAAUCGAAACCACCAGGGUUGGAUAAUGUACAUUUUAAUUGCAAAGAAUUCGGCAAAGCAAAAUCACAGUAUUUUCGUAAGAUAUGCUAAACUGUUCCAUACCGUCUGGAUGAUAUUUAAUAUAACAUAUGGCCAGAUGUAUAUGAACGUAUGAAGUGGGGAAUUAAAGUCAUCCGCUAAUUUCUUUGGCUAAAUCGAACCUUCGUCUUACUUGCUACUUGUGAAAGGAUCACUCGAUGCCAAUGGGGGUGCUAAAGGCAUUAGCGAAAGGAGAGGAAGAGAUAAAGCGCUCACGUUUGGAUAGAUUAGCAUGGAAGUAAUAACAAUAGGGUUCGAAGUUUCCUCCUGAACGAGCGGACGACUAGAAAUCACACGAAGGACGAGCGGAGCAGGUCGAAGGAAAUAAGUCUCCCGAGAAAGAUGGACAUCAGAAGAGCAUCGAAACUGAGGGCUCGUUUCGUUUCCGAGGAGUCUCACGCAGACCCUCCGCAGCCCGACAAACAGGCCGACAUCAUCUCGAGGUUGCAGCCAGCGUUCGGGGACCAAAAAAUUAUAGAAUGCCGUUCCAGACCCCACAUUUGCGGGAAGGAGGCGGCUUGUCGCAGCUUUGAAAACAAUACCUCCAUAUGCGUUUGUCCCCACGACUCGUCUCCCCCAACCAGCGAUCUGAAAUGUCCCAAUCGCCUCAUCGUUCCUCUGACACCUCGACCUAUACAUAAUAUUAUACUAGCUGGUGGUAAUGGCACCAACGCAACAACCACAACCCUUCCGGAAGCCAAACAAGUAGACCGAUCGCCGCAAAAAGUCUCCGAAAUAGUUGGCAUCGCAAUGGCUUCCAUCUUCGUAAUAAUAUUUCUAAUCGGCAUCAUAUGUUGCUGCAAACGGCGCAGCUACAUCGCAAAAAUGCAACGAAACUCCAUAAACGCAUCGCCGAUGAACCUCAAGAAAGGUCUUUUGUUGGCGAAUAAGUACACGCCGAAUCCACAGUAUUUUUCCUGUACUAUGCCAGAAGUCCCGAUAUUACAUCGAAGCUGCCUUGUAUUUUUACACGAUAUCGGGGAAGGUUGUUUCGGGAAGGUAUACAAAGGUGAAUUGUGUUUUGGUGAUAAGACGGAAGUGGUUGCCGUAAAGGUGCUGAAGGAUUCGGCAUCGCGCGAAGCGGAGGAGGACUUCAUGCGAGAAGUGGACAUUAUGUCCGCUUUUCAGCAUGAAAAUAUCUUAUCGUUGAUAGGAGUUGUCCUCCGAGAUGCUGAUAAUAGUCCAUGGAUGGUUUUCGAAUACAUGCCUCAUGGUGACCUGGCGGAAGUUUUGAGAUUGAAUUCGCGGCAGUUUGGAUCCGCUAAACCCGGGCUGGAACCCUUGACGAAGGAAUCCCUUCUAUGGAUAUCGACACAAAUCGCGUCCGGCAUGGCAUAUUUGUCGGCUCAAAGAUUUGUUCAUCGAGAUCUGGCUUGUCGCAACUGUCUAGUAGGAGCAGACCUAGUGGUCAAAAUUGCAGAUUUCGGAAUGUCCAGAGACGUAUAUACCUGUGACUAUUAUAAGAUAGGAGGAUCUCGCUUGUUGCCCGUCAGAUGGAUGUCACCAGAAAGCGUCAUGUAUGGACGCUUCACGCUCGAAAGUGACGUUUGGAGUUUUGGUGUCGUCCUUUGGGAAGUGUAUUCAUAUGGAAAGCAACCAUAUUACGGACACAAUAACGAAGAGGUGGUGAAACUGAUACUUCAAGGUAUUACUUUGAUUCCACCAAGCGAAUGUCCAACAUUCAUCUGCAAAAUAAUGCGGGACUGUUGGAAACUGGAGCCCCGAGAUCGGCUAAAGUUUAGUGACAUUCUGGAGAAGCUGGAGAGCGAUCAAGAAGUACUAAGUCAAAAGGGAAGUUUACCACGACCACCCCAAGGACCAAUUACCAUUCGGUCGCCGGAUCUUCUAGAUCCGGACGGGUACUUGUUGCCAGCACCGGCCACUCCUUGUGAAUGUUCGCAACCACUUUCUACUGAUUGAUAAUUUCUUUACAACAAAAAAAUAACAGAACAACGUAAAGAAUUCGAUUAUUGAUGAACAGAGGUUGUAUGCUUUUUGACUACUGUACAUAACUGUGUCAGAGUGGAUUUAUUUGACUUGUAUUUAACACUUGCGAUUUAGAGAUAAUGCAAUUACCUCUUUGCAUUUUCUUCCUACUUUAAUAACCUGAUAAGAUAAUUCAUUGAUGUUAACUUUAGUACUUUAUGUAGUAUACGAUUAUAUUUAUAUUAGAUAAGGAAUGGUGCAACUCGCGCGUUUGAUUGUGGAAUGAAAUUUAAGUGUACCUUACAUUAUAGGUGCAAAUGAAAAAUGUACAAAGUCACUUAUUUUACGCUUAUAAUGAUCUGUUAUGUAAGAUACGUUAGGACUUUUAAGGGAACUGUAGAUUUUAAACAACUCAUAGAAUGGCUAUAUUUAUAUCAUUUUUAAUAUUAUGCUGAAAAUAAGUAAAAUCCAUCCAUUCUGCUUA